AUGAAGAGGGUUAAGAAGGAAAACGAUCCACAGAUACGAGACGACAUCACAUCCAUGGUUGAUCUUCCUCGAGAUCUGAUCGAAAAGAUUCUUUUGAAGUUGCCAGCUAAAUCCGUACCAAAGCUCAUCGUCGUCUCGAAGCUCUGGUCUUCUAUCAUCCGCAGCAAAAGUUUCAUCGAUCUCUACCUGAAACGAUCGCUAACUCGUCCGUGUUUUCUCAUCACAUUCAACCGUGAUGACAUCCGGUUCUUCCACUCAAUCUAUCAGCAGUCUCUGGAGGCAGCGUCACCGUCUUCUUCUUACACUAGUACGAUAUCAAGUUUUCCUCUGAGUCUUGAUAGAAAGCGGCUCUUUUCACAAAGUUACAACGUUUCUCCACCGGUACGCGGCUUGAUCUGCUUUCAAGAUUUGGAUAAGGUGGUGGUUUCGAAUCUUAGCACGGGCCAGUUCUUGGUUUUACCAAAAGUCAGAAAACUAGGGAUAUCAUGGUUUUUGGGAUACGAUCCGGUUGGAGAUGAAUACAAAGUAUUGUGCACGACGGUAGUAUUUCAAGUUUCUGGAGCAGUUGUGAGCGAAGAGCAUCAAGUUUUCACAUUAAAAGGAGGAUCUCAGAAGAAGGAGAAAGAAGAAGCUACAUGGAGGAUGAUCGAAUGUAAGUUUCCGCAUUGUCCUGCAACCAAAGGGAUAUGUAUGACGACGACGACGACUGGUGUUGUUUACUACGGAGCUUUGUCAACCCGUGACAGAGAUACACGAGAAUCCCUAAUUGUGUCCUUUGAUGUGAGAUCGGAAGGUUUUACUCUUGUUAAAUUACCCAACGGUGUCGAAAUUGAUGGUGGUGAAUCAGCUGAAUUGGUCAACUACCAGGGGAAGAUAGCUUUAUUGAAUCACUUACAUUUUGGUAAAUGUAAUAUGUGGGUUUUGGAAGAUAUUGGCGUCAAACCAGAAUGGUCAAAGAUCUCUAUCGUGGUUCCUUCUUGGGCUGAUUUAGCUAGAAGAAGAUUAUUAGAUUGCAGAGGUGCCAUUCUUAGUUCCGGCAAAUUCAUAUUCUCACCAGUCUCUUCGGAUAGCCCCUUCUGUAUUGUCACUUACGAUCGCGAGAAAGAUAUUGGCAGAAGAGUUGAGAUUGAAGGACUUGGAGAUAACUUGCGUUCUGUGAGCCUCUUCUUGGAUCAUGUGGAGUGUCCUAUAUUUCUCUGA